AUGUCUGCUCAAAUUACUGACUUUGUGGAUAAUCGUGGUGUGAUGGGAACGAUGGUGACAUCAGCCAAUCUCUCGAGCAAUUCACCGAACCCCUCUCAUUACCUCAACGGCUCGUCGAGACUGCUAUCCAUGACCAAUGAAGCGGAUUUGAGCACAUCCUUCGUUGCAGACGAUAGUAAAGACUCAUCAAAACAUGACGUAUGGCACAAGCUUGAGGCGACAAUGUAUCUGAAGGAUGACAUCAACUUACAGAACGAAUUCAUCGCCAAUCUCUUGAAGGAACUUUCGUCAUUGGAUCCGCACAGACGUAACGAACAGAAUCAUGCCUUGCAAACAUUGCAACAAAUGGUCAGCGAAGGUUCCCUGACGACGUGGGAGGAGAAUUUCAAAACCAUAAUUCUGCACAUCUUCAACGUAUUGGCGGUGAACGACGUGACGUUGAAGCGAAAUGCCUUGAAAUUGCUCACAAAAAUCUGUGUUGCACAAGCUGUGAGUUUCUACGAUCUUGCGGAAAUGACGCUCUUCAAAGUGUUGGAUUCGAUUUCGGAGGAGGAAAAUCCACAGUUAAUAAAUGUGGCCGAUGAAUGUUUGAGAACGUUAGCCACCCAUUUUCCUCUACACGUUGUCAUUCGUGCGACGAAACCAAUCAUUGCUCAAGAGAAUGACAAUCGUGUGGGUCCCGCUUUGAAGAUGUUAACUCGUCUUAUCGAGUCACUAGAUGUCGAAGAGCUCACAGCAAGAUUACCUGAAAUAGCACCAGGAGUUGUUAAUUGUUAUUCAAAUCCUCAGUCAAGCGUUCGUAAAUCGACAGUGUUUUGCUUGGUGGCGAUGGUGAACAAACUUGGUCGAGAGCCGGUGAAUCCGUAUUUAGCCCCGCUUUCUAAUAGCAAGGUGAGCUUCAGAUUUUAUAAUGUAGUGAACGAAUAA